AUGACAAAGGCUCUAAGAGAAACUACUGAUGUUCUCUCCACUGGCAUGCACCGCGGCCUCCUUGUCAGGCCCACCAACUCCAAGGCCAAGAGGGCCACCGGCAGCUUCAAAUUGGUUCCCAAGCAUAAAAGGAAAGUUCAACCCAGGAAGACCUCCACCAUGACUGCCCCCAGGAGACCCAUCGAGGGCAAGAAGAAGGUCCCCAAGAAGCCAAAGGAGGCAAAGAAGGACAAGGUGAAAAGGGGACCCAGGAAGCCAGGAGAGGUGAGGACUGCUCCUCCCAAACCAGGUGGUGAGACCCACAGGAAAACAAAAGCUGGGAGUCGGAAUUCAAAAUCCACCAUCCCCAAGGGCAAGAAUGGUGCUGCUUCUCCAGCCAAGAAGGAAAACCGUGUCCCUAAAGAAGUCGUUGCCCAUGCGGCCAAGGAGGGACCUAAAGCCAAGGCUGCUGCUCCUCCGAAUGGUGGCAGGUCUAAGAUGCUGCCUGAACACCUGGCCAGGAAGACAGAGGCCCCCAGGGGCCCUAGGAGGGCUGGCAUGCCCAUCAAGGCCUCCUCAUCCAAACUGGCCAGUAGGAAGGCAGAGACUGAGAGCUAG